GCCAACAAACUUGUGUCUUCUGGCUUUUCAUCAUUUUUGCAUGUUUUCAUCAUACUAUGUUACCCACUUUUAAAGAAAAACAUAACCCUAAUCUAGUAAGAGAGAAACAGUUCCCCUCUACUAACCCUCUUUACUCCUUACAGAGAUAUUAAGAGCUAUGGCACUUCCCUCAGAGAACUUUAAAGGGAAAGUGAACAAUUAUAUCUCAGAAGAAAACAUCCAUAAAUUUUUGAUGGUACUUUCACGUGGAGGUCAGAUGUCAGAAGAUGAUAUAAUAAAAAACCUCAAAUUACUGGAAGUCAAAAUUCUAAAUAUUAAGAUGUCUACUACAUUAUGCCAGAAAAUUACAGGUGUCCUUAUCAACUACCUGAGGAGAAAUGAGACAAAUGGAGAAAUGGAGAAGAUGUUUACAGCGGUCCUAAUGGCUCUGGGGUCCCACUUUCCAGAGAUGAUCAUUGUCAAGCUAUGGGACAGACCGAAUAUAUACUGUCUGCCCCCACGGAGCCUCAUGGUUGCAGUGGGGAAGAUAAGCCUUUCCCAAGAUACAGUUUCCUACAUCAGUUCUAUAUGGAGAUUCAUCCUGCCCCUUCUGAAGUUGGCCCAAGAGGAGAAUGACAUGUUGGCGAUAUGUCAUGUAUUCCACGGAUUGGUCAUCACUGCCCAGAAGCACCUGGAUUCUUGGAAUGAUAAGGUGAUGGGCUUUACUCAAAGAGAAAUGUCCAUGAAGGCCUACAUCACCUUCCGCGUCUUCCUCAACCGUUGGUCUUUGAAGAGCAAGGACAAGAAACCUCAACCAAGUCAAUUCUGCUUCCUCCUUUCCUUGUGUACUCCCCAGGCGACAUGUGCUUUGUGUGGGAUGCUAUCAGGGUCCCUGUGCCUGCAGGCCAUCCAGGAACUCUACCCCCGGCUAUUGCUGGCUGUGCUAUGUCAUCUCUACUGGGUGAAUGAGCAAAAUCCCUCCCAGAAGAUGGUGGUCUACAGGAAGGAGGGCAUCUUAGGCAAGACCUUAGACCCUACUAGUUGUGCCCUAGAGGUGGUGAAGUUGGUGUUGUUCGCAGCUGCAUAUGAUGGAGUGGUGGUCUAUGCAGAUGAGCACAAGUGCUGGGAUCUUCUGACCUGCCCUAAACUUUACUACAUAGGGAUCAUGGAACUGACAAGCAACUCUUGGCUUCCUCUGCCCCAUCCCAGUGGCAUUGUGAAGAACUGUGAGCCAGUCCUGCUGCACCGAAUCUUGAACCUUGCAAAGAAUCAUCUCAACAGCAUAGAUAAUCGUCAGAAGAUCUUGGCCAGGACCCUCUAUGCACAGCUCCUCUGGCAUCGAUCAGUGGCUCAGACUCUGGGUCAAGAAUUUGUGGAAAAUCUAAUCAAGUGGAUUAAGGAGCCCAACCUCGUUAUGAAAGAAAUUGGACUCCGUGGAAUCAGUAACAUGGCACUGCACCCAAGUCAAUCAGAGUCUCUGAGGAGCCUGGUUCCAUUCUUGCGUGACUUAUUGAAGAGCGAGGCUCGAGUGACAGUUCAGGCAAUGAAAGCCCUACGGAACAUCAUCCUCCAUGGGCAAGGAGAGGAGGUCAAGGUGGUGUUCUGCAGCAUUUCGAAGCAUCUGCAUCCACUCAUCACUGAUGAGAGGGACCAGGUGAGGAUCACAGCCAUCUCUGCUCUUGGGCACAUGUUACGUAAAAUCAACAAAUUCAAGCCUGGAUACGCCUUCCAGAAACAUCUGUACAAAUUCUUAGUGCCUCUGCUGCUUAGCUUUCAGGACAACAACACCGAAGUGGUCAAGGCCUGUGGAGCGGCCCUGACUGAGUGGACUACUGUGAUUGGCUGGACAUCCUUCACACAGAUGUUUCAGCAUACCACCCUCAGUGAUCACAUCCAGGUGUUGGAAGAAACAUGCAAGUACCUGGUGAGCAAAUGCAAAAGACAAUUAGUGGGGGAGUUACUGUUUCAGAGCUUCGGCUUCCUGAAGAGCUCGCAGUCCUUCCUACGGACAGCUGCAGUCCAUUUCAUAGCAUUAAUAGCUGAGAAGAUAAACCUGCAUUACAUACAUGAGGAAGACGUGCAGCUGUUACGAAAUGCUCUUGAAUGUAUGAAGAAUGAUCCUGUGGAAUCUAACCAAAUUUUGGUGAAUACUCUUCUGCAAAAUAUUGAGGAAUAUGCUAAUCCUAAGUACAGUUCUACUUCCAUUAGAAGUACUCGCUUCUUCAGAUUAUCUAGCAGGAGAAGAAAAAGGCAUCUAUUUAAGUCUAUCAGACUGGAAGGAGACAGUGAUACUGGUCGGCAGAGGAAUUGGCUCCUAGGCCCUCUAAAUUUCCUGUGUGCCUAGUGCAAGGGAGGGUAA